AUGGAACAAAAUGGCCCUAUUGUACAGCAGCUCAACCUAACUGAAUUGGAAAUUCUUCAACUGGACCCCCAAGUCAAAGUUGAUAGCCUAAUUUCCAAUGAUCAGUGGGUGAUUCCACCUUCUCUUGUGCAAAUUCCUUUCUUUCAAUCACAGGAAUUCAACUCCCAGCUACAAUCUAUCCCUACACCAACAACUGAUGAGGAUCAAAUCCAUUGGCUCCCCAGUUUGACAAAGGAGUAUUCUCACAGGCUCACUUUGGAGUACUUCUCUCCUCCCUCUUUUGUCUUUGCUUGGACUCACCUAAUAUGGUUCAAACAUCAUAUUCCCAAGCAUGCUUAUAUUACAUGGUUAGCAUUGAAAGAAAGGUUAGCAACACUGGACACAAAGCCAAUGAUGAAGAAGCACUAUACAAAUGCAUGCUACUUGUGCCUUGCUGAUUGUGAAACUGUAGAUCAUUUAUUUUUCAAGUGUAAAUUCAGUUGUACCAUUUGGGAUUUUGUACAGCAUGCUGCAGGCUUCUACAUCAAACCAGACUCAUGGAGAGACCUGAUUGCUUAG